AAUUGAAAUGAAACGACUGCAAUUGAAGCCGUUUCAUAGGUGGGGUAGUCCAGUAUCGUCUUCCUCGUGAAAAAUACACAGAAAGCGACUUGCUUAGUUUGGAAGUUCCGAUCCGAGUAGCAUUCAAAUGUCAACGAAAACUGAAGCAACGGUGAAGACGAAGAAGCUUCAAUGGUUCUGGACUUGGGUGAUCGGUUCCGUCAUAUUGAGACUUAUUCUCAUUUACUUCCCCAAAAACCUUAACCUCUCUUCUCGCCCCGAAGUUUCCACCCCUCUCACCAGCAUUCGUCGCCUUGCGGAGGGUUACUGGUUGAAGCAAUCAUCAAUGUCACCCUAUGCAGGAUCAAUGUACCAUGGUUCCCCUUUGUUGUUGACUCUUCUUGGACCACUAACUGUUACAAAGAUUGAAGGACAACCUGAUCAUCUUUUAUGCAGUUUGGUUUUUAUGAUGGCAGAUGUUGUCACUGCAAUGCUCAUUUGUGCUGCUGGUAAAAAACUUCAGGUGGCAUACGGUUCAAGUUUACAAUCUGUUGGCCUUCAUCAAUUAUCAGAGGAUUCAGAUGUUCUUCCUUCAGGGGACUUUGCUGCUCUUGUAUACUUGUGGAAUCCUUUUACGAUUGUUGCAUGUGUUGGUCUAUCAACUUCUGUAAUUGAGAACUUGAUGGUUGUGUUAACCCUUUAUGGAGCAUGCGCACGGGUAGCUCCGCUGGCUGCUUUUGGGUGGGUCAUAGCUACUCAUUUGUCUCUGUACCCGGCAAUCCUUAUUAUCCCAGUAUUACUGUUGUUUGGUUAUGGCCUUGAUGCUCCCCCCAGGAAAUUAUUCCUGCAAAGAAAAAAUCUUGAAGUUGAUGAUUCCAACUCAAGCGAUAGAAAUUUUUUAGAAGAUGAAUUGGUAAACGAGAAAGGGAUGCUUAAAGUAUUCUCAUGGAGGCCAGUUGUGCUUUUUUUGUUCUGGACUUUGCUGUGGUCAUCCUACGUCUUAAUCCUCUGUGGCAUCUAUGUCCAACAGCAUGGUGGUCUACAGGAGAUGUUUAAAAGAUCCUAUGGCUUCAUUCUUACCAUACAAGAUUUGUCUCCAAACAUUGGAGUUUUUUGGUACUUCUUCGCAGAAGUUUUUGACUUCUUCAGAAGUUUCUUCCUUAUAGUAUUCGAUGGGAAUAUUCUAUUGUUGAUAGUGCCAUUAGCCAUACGUCUUAAUCACCGGCCUUGCUUUCUAGCUUUUGUAUACAUUGUGCUUUCUUCCAUCCUGAAGUCUUAUCCUUCUGUUGGUGAUUCUGCUCUAUACUUGGGUUUACUGGGCUUAUUUGCUUAUGAACUCAAAGAUAUGCAGUAUACAUUCUUCCUGUUUUCUGGUUAUGUUGGAGUUUCACUUUUUAGCCCUGUGAUGCACAACUUAUGGAUAUGGAGGGGUACCGGCAAUGCAAACUUUUACUUUGCUACUGCAAUUGGUUAUGCUUUCUUACAGAUCAUUCUGGUAAUUGAAAGUGUUAGCGCCAUGCUUAAUCAUGACAGAAUGCUUACAAAGUUAUCUACCGCAAAGCUUCAAAAUGUCAAAUCUUGAGAGCUUCUUUUGGAGUAUGAUUUCAAUGCAUCCAAAAUUUUUGUGGUGUCCCCGAGUUCACUUAAUCUUGAUC